CAUUGCAAAUCACUUCACAAUUUCAAAAAUGAUUUGAAUUUUGAUAAAUAUUACUCUCAGAGAAAUUUCUCACAGCUCAAAUAUUCAUUCUCUAUUAGAUCUUGGUCAAGAAAAUGGCCGGCGAUGGUAGCACCCAGCCACCCCCCACGAAAACUGUUGCAUUCAUGACCGACAAAAACAUUCGCAGAACAAGAACAAGACAUCUAUCCAUUGACACUAACGUCGACAGCAUCCCAGGGUCUCCUAGAAGCUCCGGCGGGUUCACAGACGCUAGCCGCUUCUCCGUCGACUCUCAGAGACCACCACCAGCACCUGGAACAUAUCUCAUCCAAAUCCCUAAAGAACAGAUUUACCGUGUUCCUCCGCCGGAGAAUGCUAGCCUUUACGAGGUUCUCUCUCGCCGGAAGCCUAACCGAUCGGCUUGUCGCCGUUGCUGCUGCUACUCCCUCGCUGCUUUGGUCGUUCUUGUCACCCUCGCGGUGGUCCUUGUGGGGAUCUUCUUCCUCGUUUUCCGACCGCAUAAGCCUACGUUCUCCGUGAGUGAAGUCUCGGUCGACGGAGUCAAUCUGACGUCGUCAGAGUCUCCGGUCUCUCCACUGAUAACAAUCAAGCUGAGGGCUAAGGACGUUAACGAGAAACUCGGUGUGAUAUACGUCGGCGGAGGAAGCGCGGCGGAGAUUUUCUACGACGGGAUCAAACUAGGUGAAGGAGAGUUCACGGCGUUUGACCAGCCGGCGGGUAACGUAACGAUGACGGUGACGACGUUAACGGGGUCAAGGAUCAAGUUAUCGAGCUCGAUGCGGGAAGAUUUGGAGGAAUCCGAGAAGAAAGGAAUAGUGCCGUUUGAUUUGAGGAUUAAAGCGCCGUUUAAGUUUAAGGUUAGUAGCGCCGUGACCAUGUGGAGGAUGGCCGUUACGGUGGACUGCAAAAUAACAGUGGACAAACUGACGUCAUCGGCAACUGUGAUAACCGAAAAUUGCGUUACAGACGACUUAACCCUCUUGUGAUUUGUGAGAAAGCUACU